AUGAAGGUCACUUCUGCUGUUACCUUCUUCUCUCUCCUGGCUUCGAGCCAGGCAACAUACUGGGGUUCUGAGAAGUGUUACUCCAACCCGGGAAGAUCCCCCAAUAAGUGCAACGAGCAUCAGCAAAAGGGCUUCAGCUGGUCUGAUCUAGCUGCCGGUUCGUUCUCUGACUAUGGUGGCUUUUCCUUCUCCGGUUUCACUUGCGGCAAUGGCUUUGGAUCUAGCCUUGGCAAGCGCGGCACCCAGAAAUGUAUCUCUGGUACUGUCUCGAAAGGAGGAUCUUCGAGCUCAAACUCUGGAUAUGAAUCUGGAUCUAUCUCGGGAUCUAGCUCUGCCUUUGGAGCUGGGUCUGUCUCUGGCUCUUCCAGCUCCGGUUCCGGUUCCUCCGCCCCAUCCUUCUCAUGCGGCUCCGAGGAGAGUGGUUUCUCUGUGACAGACUUCCACGUUGCCACCGAAAAAGACACAGAGCUACACAUCAUUUACAGCAUGCCCGAUGGAUCGACCUGUAAGAACACCGCAUCUUGCAACUCUGGUGGUACCGUCGUGAGCAACGACCAGUGUGGUGGUGCCACAUCUGUUCACUUCGAGCUUCCCGAGGACAGUGAGCACGAGAGCUGUGGCUUUGGAAUUUACAGUGUUGGAUUUGACUGCACACCAGGUUCCACCAGCACUGUGCCUGUUGCCGCCACCACUGUUCCCGCUGCUUCGGUCCACUAUUCAUCUGUGGCUACUCCCUCAAGCCCUCUUAUUGUACCAUCCAUUUCUGUCCCUGGAUCUUCGGUUCUGCCUGGAUCUUCGGUUCUGCCUGUCACCACCCCAGCUGGGACCACUCCUGCCGCGAGCACCCCUGUGCAGAUGACUACCUCAACUGUGUACACUACAAGCGAGAUCACUAUCACCAGCUGUGCUGCUAGUGUAACCGAUUGCCCGGCCGACUCCACUGUCGUUACCACCUCGACUAUCGCCAUUUCCACAACUGUGUGCCCUGUUACGGAGAUCACUCCAGUCGGUGCAAGCUCUCCGCCUGCCCCCACCGGAGCCAGUCCUAGCAGCGUCCUUCCCGUUGGCUCAUCCGUCGUAUCCUCCUCCCCUAACGGCACCCCAGCUAUCAGCAUUCCUGCUGCCAGCACCCCUGUUCAAAUGACAACCUCAACUGUGUAUGCCACAAGCGAGAUCACAAUUACCAGCUGCGCUGCUAGUGUCACCGAUUGCCCAGCUGAUUCUACUAUUGUGACCACCUCGACUAUCCCUAUAUCUACUACUGUGUGCCCUGUUACUGAGAUCACACCCGUUGGUGCGAGCUCUCCGCCUGCACCCACUGGCGCUAGCUUCAGCAGCGUCCUUCCCGUUGGUUCAUCCGUCGUGUCUUCUUCCCCUAGCGGCACCCCAGUUAUUAGCAUUCCUGCUACCAGCACCCCUGUCCAGAUGACUACCUCCACUGUCUAUGCUACUAGCGAAAUUACCAUCACCAGCUGCGCUCCUGAGGUGACCAACUGUCCAGCCGACUCCACCAUCGUUACUACUUCGACUAUUCCAAUUUCUACUACUGUGUGCCCUGUUACUGAGAUCACUCCCAUUGGCGCAAGCUCCCCGCCUGCAUCCACUGGAGUUAGUCCUAGCAGCGUUCUACCAGUUGGUUCGUCCUCCGGCUGGGGUUCUUCAUCUGUUUGGUCGUCCUCUGCCGGCGAGACCACUGUUGGAACACCUACAACUUCUAUUCCCGCAAUCACUAGCCCCGUGCAGAUGACCACAUCGACUGUGUAUGCCACCAGCGAGAUCACCAUCACCAGCUGUGCUCCUGAGGUGACCAACUGUCCGGCUGACUCCACAAUCGUCACUACUUCAACCAUCGCCAUCUCCACUACGGUAUGCCCUGUGACUGAUAUUACCCCAAUUGGAGCAAGCUCCCCGCCUGCACCCACUGGAGUUAGUCCCAGCAGUGUUCUUCCCGUUGGUUCAUCCUCCGGCUGGGGUUCUUCGUCGGUUUGGUCUUCUUCUGUCGGCGAGACCCCCGCUGAGACACCUGCGCCUUCGACUCCCGCGAUCACUAGCCCUGUCCAGAUGACUACCUCGACUAUCUACACUACCAGUGAGAUCACCGUCACCAGCUGCGCUGCUGAUGUCACCGACUGCCCAGCUGAUUCAACUGCUGUCGUGACCUCGACUAUUGCCAUCUCGACUACUGUAUGCCCUGUUACCGAGACUACACCUGCUGCCGCAAGCUCGCCCCCAUCUGUGCCUGCAGGCCCAAGCCCCAGCAGCGUGCUGCCUGUCAGCUCCCCUGCUGCUUCCGUCCCGGCUGGUACCCCCGAAAUCCCUAGUGCGACAUCCGUUGGAUCGACUCCUGUCCCCUCGUCUCCCACUGGCACCCCCUCCACCCCGGAGGAAGCUACAACAACUGUUGUGACUUAUGAAACUGUGACCACUUGCCCCGUUACGAACACCGUGACCUCAGGCUCUUCUACUUUCGUCACUACCUCGGAGACUGUCUCGACUGUGACGCUGACUUCCACUGGAACAGUCUGCACCCAAUGCUCUGCUACCGCUACAUCGGUUUCACCUGUGGGCAGCUCUUACAUCCCAUCUGGUCCUGGCGAGGCUUCUACUCCAACUCCUACCGGAACACCCGAAGCUUCGACUUCCGUUCCCUCUGAGACUCCUGAGGGCUCGUCUCCUUCUCCCUCGGAGACACCCGAAGGCUCCUCUCCAUCUCCGUCUGGAACCCCAGAGGGCUCCAGUCCUGUCUCGUCCGCAACUGGAGAGGCAUCCAGCCCCGCUCCUAGCAGCCCAGCCGUCUCCAGCUCCAUUGGCUCCAGCGUUGGUGUGGAAACUACCCCCGCCGUACCCCAAGAUUCGACUGCUACUGUUGUGACCUUUGUUACCGUGACCACAUGCCCCGUCACCAACACUGUUACAUCUGGAUCCUCAACCUACCUCACAACAUCUAGCACCGUCUCGACUGUCACUUUGACUUCUACCCCGGCUCUCCCUAGCUCCGUUGAUGCUGCCAGUACUCCCGCUCCCACUGGUCCAGCCGUCACCAGCGCCAUUGGUUCUAGCGUCGGUGUCAGCUCUACACCCGUUGUGCCCGAGGGCUCCACAACCACCGUAGUGACUUAUGUGACUGAGACCACCUGCCCUGUCACCAACACUGUCACUUCCGAUUCCUCCACUUAUGUGACAACCUCCCAGACCGUGUCCACAGUGACUCUCACCUCUGUUUCAACGAUUUGCACCAAAUGCGCUGCUACUGCCACAGAGACUGCUGCUGUCUCCAUUGCCACCUCCGUUGUUUCCACCGGUACCUCCCCAGCAUCGAGCCCAGCUCCCUCAUCUCCUUGCCCCAACACGGUUCCCCAGUGCAUCAACACCUGGCUCAGCCUUGCACCGAAGUGUAACUCCAACAGUGAUGCCUCUUGCUUCUGUCCAAACAAGGAGUUCACCUCCAAGGUUAUCUCCUGUAUUCAAGCCUGGGGUGCAAACAAGAGUGAGAUUCAGUCCGCUCUUUCAUACUUCACCGGUAUCUGCGCGACUUGGGUGCCGGAAAACCCUGGAAUUGUGACCGAUAUUCCUUCCACCAUCACUCUUGUCCCAACUGUCGCUCCAUCAGUGCCUGCCUCCAGCGUCGGAGCUGCCUCUGGUGCCGUGACCGAUAGUGCUGUGGUUCCUGUCACUUCCGCUCCCGCACUCCCUGUCACCACCAUCACUUACUCAACCUACACCCUCACCGUCCCCCAGGUCAGCUUCGUUACCGGAUCUGCAGCCACCUCCGGCGGUGCCGCUACUGUCGGCUUGGUCCCCGCUGCUCCUAGUGGUGUCUCCCCCGCUAACACUGGAAACGUUCCUGCACCCGCCUCGGCCACCUUUGUCACUGCAUCAAGUGGUUACCCCUCGGCUACCGCAAGUGGCUCUUACAGUGCCAGCGCGUCUCCCGUUUUCAACUCCGCAUCAAGCUUGUCUGUCGCUUCCAGUCUGGUGCUGGCCUCUUUUGCUGCUUUCUUCAGCUUGAUGCUGUAA